AUGCUACCCUCCACCCUUCAAUAUAUAUCCUCCCAGACAUCAGAUACCCUCUUACCAAUUCACUUUGCUCUAACCUGGCACCGUGUUCAUAGUAGGAUGCGGUGGUUUGUUGAACUGAACAGUGAAAAUGCGGCGACUUUUGUGAUAGUUUAUUUGUCUUUCUUGUUGGAUAAUGUGUUAUUAACAGUUGUAGUUCCCAUAAUACCAGACUAUCUAUUCUCCAAUGACGUGAACAUAACGUCGUCUCCCAGCCUAGAUCCAUCGCACAUCGGACCAGCAUCCCUAAGUCCCCUGCAACGAAAAUACGAAACACUGGAGAGAGACAAUGGGCCCCUUGGAGCACUUCUAGCGUCGAAGGCUUUCGUGCAGUUAGCCUUCACCCCUCUGAUAGGGUACCUCAUAGGAAGGCUGGGCUGCAACGUGCCUCUCCUCAUUGGUUCCUGUAAUAUGCUGCUUGCUUCAAUAUGUAAGUUCACAAUAUAA